AUUGACUAUGUAAAACUUCGGAAGCCCUAUGUGAUAAACGACCUGAAACGGCAGUAUGACUUGCUGGAUCGCCGAAAGGUGUUCCGCACCUUAGCCAAAGAAGGCAUUGAACACCCUCGACAUGGUGUUUUAAUGCGAAGCGACUCGACUGAAGAGGAUGGCAUACUAGUGGAACACAAUGACCACAUAGAAGUUAAUGGUAUGGUGUUCAAUAAACCAUUUGUUGAGAAACCGGUAUCAGCUGAAGACCACAACAUUUACAUCUACUAUCCAAGUUCGGUUGGUGGAGGAUCACAACGGUUAUUCAGGAAGAUCAACAAUCGUAGUAGUUGGUACUCACCAGUCAGUGAAGUACGCAAGGAUGGCUCCUAUAUUUAUGAAGAUUUCAUCCCAGCUGAUGGUACGGAUGUAAAGGUUUAUGCUGUUGGGCCAUAUUAUGCGCAUGCGGAAGCCCGAAAAGCACCUGGCCUUGAUGGAAAGGUUGAGCGAGAUGCAGAUGGCAAAGAAGUCCGAUAUCCGGUUAUUCUUAGUCACAAAGAGAAGAUGAUUGCUAGGCGGGUAGUGCUAGCUUUUGGGCAAACCGUAUGCGGAUUUGACUUGCUUCGAGCCAAUGGCAAAUCCUACGUUUGUGAUGUUAACGGGUUUUCUUUUGUGAAGACUUCUACCAAAUAUUACGAGGAUACCGCUAAGAUUCUCGGAAAUACGAUAAUGCGCCGAUUAGCAACAACUAUGAGUGUUAGGAUACCUUAUCAAUUACCCUUAGGCGAGCAGGAAGCGCCGCCACUAUUGGAUCUCGGUUUGGGAGAUGACCCUCCAUUUGUAUCAACUCCAUCAGGAAAGCUUAUGGAGCUCCGAUGUGUAUUAGCAGUCAUCAGACAUGGCGAUCGUACCCCAAAACAGAAAAUGAAGGUGGUCGUACAUGAUGAACGGUUUUUUGCUCUCUUCAAGAAGUACGAUGGAUUCAAGAAGAAUGAGAUCAAGAUGAAACGGCCAAAUCAACUUAUGGAGGUGCUCGAGCUGGCUCGACAAAUUCUUGCUGAACAUAUCGUUAGUUUUAUGUGGUUUCAC